CCCCCACCCACAUACUGGUCCAGUAUAAAGACUGCAGCCCAUCCUCAGCCUCUGCUCUCUGGACUUCUGCCUGCACUCGCACAACAGUUUAACAGACAGGUGACGAUGACUGACCUGGAGACCUCGAUGGCCACCAUCCUCACUGUGUUUCAGAAGUAUUCGGAGAGAGAAGGAGACAAACAUAAACUGAAGAAGAGCGAGCUGAAGGACCUGCUUCAUGACGAGCUCCCAGAUCUGAUGGCGCAUGUGAACGACCAGGCUGCGCUGGACAGCCUGAUGGACAGCCUGGACACCGACGGCGACGCCGAGUGCAACUUUCAGGAGUUCAUGACAUUCAUCUCCGUAGUUACCGUCUGUUGCCACGAGUUCUUCAAGGACGAGCACGACUAAGGAGGUGGCAGCGGGCGGGAAGACAAAGGGGAGCCACAGUACAUUAUAAAGAAGCAGAAGCCUAGCAACGCACAAACUGUCGAUGCCCUCACAGCAGCGCAGGGUGGAGGAAACACAAUCCAGCCACCAGCCACCAUUACGUGGCUGGUGGCUGGUAAAAAGCUCCAGUCUAGUGUCUGAAAUCAGCCUCGUUUGUGUUUUCAUUUCUAGAUGGCAUGUAAAGUCUUCAAAAUGGCGGCAAAGAUUGGUACAAAAGCAGGAACUAAAGUAGCUCAAGCAGAACAAAUCUUAGAAGUGUUUCACUAUAUGUUUGGCCACCAAAGCCAACCAUUUAUCAAUCAAUACAUGUUACACCUUUAUUCCCGUACUCUUUAUCAUUUCCCAUCACUUUGAAUAAGUAAAGGCUUUGUAUAUGUUACAGGUUUUGGAGAAUGGCUGCUACAUUUGGCUGCUGUUCUAGCAGUGAAAUUAUAAAAGUUGUUUAUAUACUACAUCGUGGACUGCUAAAUCAAUCUUACAGCCACAAACCGUCAGUUUGGGACUUUGCAUGUAAAACCCUGAAUGACCAUAUCAAGUUAACAGCUUUAGGAGUCAAAUAACUAACUAAAGAGCCCCCUUUAGGCAGUUAUUUGACUAAAUGAAAUAUUGACUAUCAAAUAUUGAAAGCAACUUUAAGGUUUGAUGUCAUAUAAUAAAUUAACUAACUGGCUAGUAAAAGUUUCAAAAUGACUUGUGGGUCCUUUGUUAAACCGAAAUUGAUCAUUAGGGGCAUUAAAUAAGUAACAGUAUUUGGUUGCUUUAGUAGUAGUAUAAGUAGUAUGUCUUCAAUAUGGCUUUUAAAAGAAUGUUUUUCAAACUACAAACUGCCUGAAGGGCUUCGUUUUGAUAGUGGCUUGCAGCUCAGUACUUCAAAGUAUCAUAUGUUGGAAAUAUAUGUUGUAAGCUGAGCUUUAUAUUAAAAGCACCUCAAUAGCUAGUGAAUAGGUUUGUUCAAACAGCGAUGAAUCUUAAAAAUCUUUAGAGAAUACUUAACUAAGAAAGUAGCUAAUAAGUUAGUUCAGUCUAGCAGCCACAAGAAUGCAUCCACGGUUUAAAAAAUCUAUCUGAAUAUCACAUUUUGAAAAUAUUUGCAGUUUGCAUUGUGGGCUAGUCAGUUACUAAGACACUAACAGUCAUUUAAGAUUUUGCAUGUGAGAUUCUGGAUAGUCAGUAAGUUGAGAAAGUUUACUUAAAGUUAGCUAACUCAGCUAUUUUAGGAGUCAAAUAAUCGUGUAAAGGGGGGAAAUAUUGCAGAUACUGAAACUUCAAAAGUGGGAAGUGAGGCAUGAGUGGGAGAAAAGUUAGCUAGUAAAAGUUUUAAAAAUGGCUUGUGAGUAUGAGCUAUUCUAACACCUCGUUUGUUAACUUUAACUGUAUAGCAGUUGGGGGGAAAGUACCUGGUAAGUUGGGCUUCAUUUUAAAAGCACUUAAACAACAGAUGGGUUUGGGAUUUGUUUGCCGAGCUCAAUCCAUUCCUGAAAAUUGAAUAAUUUUUCGCUGAAACUGAAAAAGUUUUGUAGCUUUAGGAAUCAAUCAAGAAUCUGAAGAACACUAUUGGUUUGUUUUUAAUCUUACAUACUAUCAUAGUUUGAAUUUGUUUGGCUUGUUAAAAUUUACAGCGUAGUGAUUUGGAGAUAAAUAUAAAAUAUCAAAUACUGAAUGCAACAAUUUAGGCACACAAAAAAUAUUACAUUGGCUUGUAAAAGGUUCAGUUUGGCUAGAGAGUUUAAAGUAUUCUAGCUCCUCCGUUGUUAAACUCAAAUUAAUUAGCGACUUCACAGGUGUUGAAAAGCACCUAAAAAGGAUUUUAUCGUCAAGUUCUUUUAAUAUUUGUCUUCUGAAUCAUUCCUUACAUUUUUAAAAUUUGACAAAGCCACUAAACUGAAAAAGUGGCUAGCAAGUUAAAAUGAAGUAAAAAAUAAGUAUCAAAUUUUAAAAGUAAAUUUUAGGUUUGUCUAAAGUUGCUAUAGUCAUCUUUUGGAGACACUUUAAUGAGUUUUUUAGCUUAGUAGCUGCUACUUUGCUAAACCCCUGAUAUUGUCGAUUUGUUUUUUCUUGUUAGAAAAAAAAUGCUGGUAGUUUCUGUCAAAUUAUUCUUUUUUUCAUUUGCUCUCAAAAUCUCUAAAUCUGAAAAAUGGCUAUUAAGAUAAUGAAAUUCAAAUAUCCUUCUUAAAGGUCUAAACGGCUAUCAAAUUUUAAAACUCAACUUUUAAUUGGCUCAUAAAGACAUUAAAAAAUGGCUUGUGAAUUUUAAUUUAGACGUCACAUUGGAAACCUCUUUCAAUAGUUUGAAGUCAGAGUGUUUAAUAAAACUGUAGAUUUUACAUGUUUUACGUGUUAUUUACAUCUACGUUUAUUUGGUGUUUUGGUAAAAAUUACAUCGAGGUCAAAAUGGUUAAAAUGACUAAUACGUAUCUUAAAAUAGUUGCUGGUAGGCAAGUAAUUAAAAUUACUUUUAACUGACUUUAAAUGUUAGCUUGUAGUUGCUGUAGCUGUUUGUAGGUUUACAUGUAUUCAGCAUAAGAAGCAAAUCUAAAUCAUUAUAGAUGUAGAAAUGAUCAGUUAAACAGUGCAACAGAAGAGUUUAUCUGAUGUGCAUCAUGACAUGUUGAAUGUUGGGUUGUUUGGACGUUGGUGAUACGAAUUUAAUUAAAUGGUCAGUUUGUGACUGAGUCAGUCAAUAUUUCUGUAGCGAGGGAACAAAGAAGGCUGUUUAUUCUUAUCUUGGGUGGCUGUCAGAAGAAUUCAGAGACGCACUGCAGUAAUAUUUACAUAGCAGUUCUGCAGAGUUGCUCAACCAUUAAAGGCUCAUAUGUUGUUUUUCUCUGUGGUUUUACUCCUAGUAUAUCUGUGUAAUGCCAAAGUGAGCACGGUGACAAUAACAAAAAAGUAUUCAGAGAGCCCUGACAACGAAAUACUUGUAGUUUAACAGUGCUCUUUUAGUGUUUCGAAUGUCACUGGCCUGCAGGUCUUUCCUGUUUAGCAAAGAGGCUAUUCAGGAAAAACUGAAGUUCAGUUUGUCCUUUUAGCACUUUUUUCAGAAGAUGUUUUUUUAAGGAAAUGUGAGAAGCCUUUUUAAGACUUAUUGAGACCAAUACUGAACUAAAACAUAGUGAAAUUAAAAUAAAUACACUAAA